AACACAGCAGCCCAACUGUACUUUGUUGGCUAGGAAGUUCGAGAAGGGGGUAGAGUACAAAUCUAGAUCUGUCCUAUAUAUUUUUUUCCCUUCAUUGAACCGUGCUUUGUAUGAUGUCUGAGAAUGUCCAUUUCUGGGACUCUUAGCAAUUAUUAUGUCGACUCUAUUAUAAGUCAUGAAAGUGAAGACUCGCCUUCAGCCAAAUUUUCAUCUGGGCAAUAUACAAGUUCCAGGCAAGCUGGGCAUAAUGAACAUCUAGAAUUCCCCUCUUGUAGUUUUCAGCCAAAACCUCCAGUUUUCAGCGCCUCCUGGACUCCUUUGAAUCCACAUUCUUCUGGUACCCUUCCUGCCGUCUACCAUCCAUAUAUUCAACAUCAAAGCGUCCCAUCUGAUAGCAGGUAUCUACGGAGCUGGCUGGAUCCAGUGCCCAGAGCAGAGAACCUCCCUGGGCAGGGAUCUGUUAAGGCAGAGCCGCUGCUGGGCCGUCCCGGGGAUGUCCAUAAACAGGGAACACAGGAGUACAAUUUAGAAACUUCUGCUGGAAGGGAAGGGAUCGUUUCCAAUCAAAGGCCCAGCUUCGAGGACAAUAAAGUUUGUGAAGGAAGCGAAGACAAAGACAGAACAGAUCAAACCAACCCAGCUGCCAGCUGGCUUCACGCCCGUUCCUCCAGAAAAAAGCGAUGCCCUUACACGAAAUACCAGACCCUGGAACUAGAGAAGGAGUUUUUAUUCAAUAUGUACCUGACGAGGGACCGUAGACAUGAAGUGGCCAGACUCCUCAACCUGAGUGAGAGACAAGUCAAAAUCUGGUUUCAGAACCGAAGGAUGAAAAUGAAGAAAAUGAACAAGGAACAGGGCAAAGAGUGAAAACCAGAAAAGCAGCACCCCUCCCUCCUUCCCCAGCCUCUGCGGCCGCGCACCCGAACUGUAGUGCUAACAUAUAAAUAACCCAAACAGCGGGAAAACCUUCCCAUUUCCCAUCUCCAUCUUUGCAUGCGAGAUGUUGCUUAUUAUUUUUAUCUUCCUAGUGUUGUCACGUAUGAGGCAACUUAGCAAAAACUGCAGCUCCUCUUUGGAGACACAUGCUAGGUUUUGUUUCUAUUUUCUUGUUGUCUUUCUCUAUUGUCAUUUUUUUUUCUUCUCCCUACAGCGUUACAUAGAUACAGGCUCCUGUCUGAGCAGCAGCUUUCUCUGCUUGCAUUUUCUCCAUGGAAGGCAAGACGGCAAACAAAACUGGCCACAAACAGAUCUGGUCCAAGCUCCCACCAAACCACGCUGUGUUUCUUUAUCCACGUAAGGACAAAGAUUCUCUAUAAUACUCACAGCACCCCGGUGCACCCAGGCACACAAACACACAGACACACAAACGUUGAGGUGGCCAAGGAACCAGACGAUUUAAUUAAACUACUGCAAGACAGACACAUUCGUAAGACUUGCGUUUAAUUGCACCCAACAAAUCAUUUUCAAUUCGUCAACUUUACACUGGGCAAGUCGGUCAGUGACAGCCCAACUCCCAGCUGCGCUGGGUUUCUUUAUUUCUUUUUCAUUUUCUUUUUUUUUUCUUUUUUUUUCGGUUGGCUUUAUUAUGCGGGAUUUUUAUUUCAAUCUUGCCAUGGCAGAUAUGUGACUUUGACCUGGAAGUUUAGUAGGAUCUUUACAGGCAAACAUCCUCAUCUGGUAGCUUUAUAUUGGGUCACUUGGAAGAGGAGAAAAGACGGGGAAGGAGACGAGAGUGCGUGUGGGGGGCACUCUCAGAGCCGCAUUGUAAAUUAUUUAGGAGAAAAGGGGGCGGAAGAACCCCUGCCAACUUAUUCCUAACUUUUAGAGGACAGGAAGAAUGGGAUUUUCUAGUUAAAAAACUACCUUAGUAGAGCUGUAAGAGAGGGAAAGGUUGUGUUCUUAGUGCUAGCAUAUUUAUAAUUUAUUGUGAAUUGACUUUUCCUAAAGCAGUAGGCUGUUGCAGAGAUAAAGUGCCAACCAUAGAGUGUGUGUAUUUCUUCCCCCUCCUGUUUGCCGAGAUGCUUUUAAUACUCCGGUGUUGUGUUUUUUUCGCCUGCUCCGUGGUGAAGCGAGCUCACGGCAUGUUUUCCCACUGCGACCCCGUUCACUUCGGGGCCCUGUGCCUGGCCGGCCCCGGGGCCGCCGCCUCCCCGGGGAGGGAGCCCCGGCCCGCGGGUGGCACCGGGGGCUGCGGCGGCUCCGCGGCUCGGCGCUCAGCCACCCUUUUCCCGAAGAGCAUCCAGUGUAACAAAUAUAGACCCUGAUUGUUUACAAACGAGGUCUCAUGUCAUGCCGGACGGAGCUGGUUUCUCAUCUGACAGAUCCGCUGGAGGUUUCUCUGAACCGCCCGUGCGGGACUGGUUUUCCUUUAUCUCUGUAAGACUUAACUUUGUUUUGGGAAGGGGGAGGGAGUGGGUGGCGGGUGGGUUAGUACGAGUUGAUUACAUGGUGGCUAUUGUAAAAUGUGUUUGUGGUUGUGUUUCUGUGAAUGUUGAAGCUCGUUUUCUGUUUCUAUUGUGGCUUUUAAGUAUACAAAGAGUUCUUCAGUUGUUAGUUGAUGGAAAAUACCGAAAUAAACCUCUCUUUUUUUUUUUUUUCUUCGUGUGCAGAUUUGUAUAUUUAGCUGCCAGGAGGCUUUAUAGGAACAACGCAAGUGUAAGGUAGCUUGUUUUAAUUGGGUGGAUGGGUGGGGAAGAGAAGACACAUCUAUUUCUGUUGUAUAUGUGAACGAAUCAGUGCAAAUCUGAUUUCAUAAGCUACUAACUUGGGUAUCCUUAGCAUUAGUUUUUGAGACCACUUUUAUCUGAUGUGAGCAGAGAUUGCCCUGGGAGGAAGUGAUAGGAAGAUCUGCGUUUUUUCCGUGUUUUUUAUUUAUUUUUAUUUUUUCCAAGUGUUCCUGUUUUAUUUUGUUUGUUUGUUUCUUCUUUCCAUGAUCCAGAGAUAAGAAACAAGUAGCUGCACCUCGGUGCACCGAAAUUUACACCAGUUCAACUCCUUAUGAAAGGGAAAAAAAAAUCUUUCACUCCACCAGAAACCAGUGUGUAAGACCAUUCCUCAGAAAGUUUGUUUUAAUGCCUAAACUUUCCCUUUUGAAGCUUUCCAUCAUUUAGUACCUCCUUUGGGGCUUCAAAACUUAGGGGGCUUCAAAAUUUAACUAUUACGUCGCCAGAGAGAGAUAAAUUUAACUAAACUUCACCCUGUGUCAAAAUAUCUAUUCUCCUUCCUCAAAACGAAAUUAAGAAAAAAGCUGUUGCAGAUAUUCUGAGCUGGAAAAAAAAAGUUAUGAUGGCAGGAUCAUUUCUCUAAAUCCAAAUUUAUAUAUAUAUACUAAAAAAAAAAAAGAUACUAUGCUGAAAAAGAUGAUUAGGUGUGUUUAACUACGUAAUUAUUUCAGUUUUAUUUGAUUCUUCUCAAGGGUGAAUGAACUUUCAAAUCUGCUUCUUGCUAGGUUGAUAUAUUCCUCACAUUUGGAACUGAGCAUGCAGUUCACUAAAUACACAUUACUAUAUUUUUGAGAAGUGUACCCAUGACUUAAUUGAUGUUUGCAACCCAUCGGACACUAGAAUUUAGAAACGUUUUUCACUUUCUUUAGAGUUGUGGUAAAGAGCAGAUAUUUUUAAAACAAAAACAUAAUGUUCUUUUAAAAUAGAAUUUAAAAUGUUAGUUCGUUUUAUUAGGAAAUAUACUUACUUUUAAAAUGUUGGAAAAAACUGUCUUCUGUAGCAUCAGCCUGGAUGUAUUUUCUACAGAUGUUUAAUGCUCCAGAAUAAAAAUCGA